AUGGUCGCUUCAAAUCAUCGAAGUUAUGUCAAUUACCCUCCCCUCGAUGGAUCUCUGUCCCUUCCUGAAUUGGUGGAAUUCAAUGCGCAAUAUAACUCGGACGUCACUUUCUUUGUCUACGACAAGCCUGACAGCAAUGACCUGGUCUCUAUCUCACACUCAGACUUCCGUCGAGCUUGUCAUCGAGCCGCCCAGGCCAUUAGGCAAGGCGGCGCAGGCGCGGACAAAGAAGUGGUCGCCCUUAUCGGGAUCUCCGACACCCUUCUUUACCAGACAGUAUUCAUGGGUAUCAUCUUCGCUGGGCUAGUUCCAUUUCCAAUGUCCCCUCGUAAUUCGGCAGCAGCAGUCACGAGCAUGAUGCAGAAAACAAGUUGUCGUCGUCUAAUCACCACUCAGGACUCUCUUGCUUCCCUGAUUGAUGGCGUCAAAGCGGGUUUUGUAUCUCAUGCCACUGAAAUGAGUCAGCUGCAGAUCGACGAGAUUCCGGCGCUGAAACACCUGUACCCUGGGCUUGUCAGUGGUACCCCAAACGAGGCCAUUGUCCCGUACUCUUCCCCAGGUUCGCCAUCGUCUGAGAACGAUGUAUUAUGCUACUUGCACUCCUCUGGCAGCACUGGUUUCCCUAAACCUAUUACAAUAAGUAACCUGACUGCCAUACACUGGUGCAUGACGCCAUGUGUUCUCGGCCACAUCGACGUUCCCAAUCCUAUCCGCAUCGGUACUGCGUCCUUGCCAUCAUUCCAUACCCUUGGUAUAUAUCUUCAGCUGCUCGUCCCCAUCACCACCCUGAGCAACGAAGUCGAACGCUUUGGUAGUCGUGCCUGCCUUUCUGGCACAAUGGCGUUUUCGCCGAGUGCUGUCAAUGUUUUGAAGACGCUUGAAUACGUUGCCUAUGCUGGCGGUCCUCUCGCGCCCAAGAUGGGAAAUACCCUGGUGAACGCAGGAGUAAAGCUUUCUUGUGCUUACGGUGCUACAGAAUUUGGUAUGAACACUUAUUUUAUCCGAAAUUCGGUCGACCAAAAGCUUUGGGAGUGGGUGCGAUUUGGACCAAGUUCCAAGAUCAGGUGGGCUCCACAGGACGAUGGCACAUAUGAAUGUCAAGUUUUGACAAACCCGACACAUCAAGUGUCAGUAGAGAAUCUUCCGGAUGUCAAGGGUUAUGCUACUUCGGAUGCAUUUAUCAAGCACCCGACGAUAGAGGGUUUGUGGAAGAUCGUAGGAAGGAUCGACGACGUUUUGGUACUUUCGUCUGGGGAGAAGACAGUACCGGCUCCCAUGGAAAGCAUCAUCUGCGCCAACCCCUACGUAAACGGCACUGUCAUCUUCGGUCGUGGACGCAAUCAAGUUGGGAUCCUCAUAGAGCCACGAGUAGGGUGUGAAAUUGACGUUGAUGACGACAAACACCUUGCUGAGUUUAGGAACCGAGUGUGGCCAGAAAUAGAGGAAGCGAACAACGAGGCUCCUGCCUUCAGCAGGAUCUUCAAAGAGAUGAUUCUUGUGACACGCAGAGAGAAGCCCAUGCUUCGAGCCGGAAAAGGGACCGUCACCAAGAAAGCAACCGUCAAGCUGUAUGAGGAGGAGAUCAAUGCCCUAUAUGAGAAGGUGGAGGGCAGCGCUAGGGCAGGUAUCGAUGUACCUUUACCUACAAGCUGGACUGCGGAAGACGUCGAGGGAUGGCUCAAGGUCCACGCUGCUGCUGUGAACGCCGACAAGGCAGUUGAUCCUGAUACAGACCUUUUUGCUCAAGGCUUUGACAGUCUCUCUGCGACAUUCCUCAAAAACCGUAUUAUCGGCUCUCUCAGCUCGUCUUCAGAUCGCGACGUUCAGGCAUCAGCAUCGCGGAUUGACCAGAACAUCAUAUUUUCAAGUCCUUCGAUUCGCCGGCUCGCGAGAAGCGUCAUUAUUGCAGUAUUGCAACAGAAUGGUACGAGUACCGUCGACGCCAAGGCUGAUAUCGAGAACAUGAUCGAGAGGUAUUCGGUCGGAUUAGGGAACUCUGUCACAGAGGCCAACACCACUCUAGUUAAUGGAUGCAGCCAACGCGAUCAUGUGGUUGCCCUGACCGGGUCUACAGGUGGUCUUGGUUCAUAUCUGCUUGCAGAUCUACUCCAGCGCGAGGACGUGUCUGUGGUAUAUGCCUUCAAUCGCCCGUCAAAGGGGGCAUCCAUGCAACAACGACAGGAAGAUUCAUUCAGAGAUCGCGGUUUAGAUUUCACUCUGCUUCAGUCAGACAAACUAGUAUAUGUAGAAACUGAUACAUCCGAUGAUCGCCUAGGUCUGGAUAAGGAAUUGUAUCAAAAGAUCUGCACAUCUGUCACUGUCAUCAUUCACAACGCUUGGCGACUCGACUUUAACCUGGCGCUCUCGUCAUUCGACCCUCAUGUGCGCGGAAUGCGGAAUCUUAUAGACUUGGCACUGUCUUCUCCGCGUCAUCCAAAGCCGCGUUUCAUGUUCACAUCUUCCAUCUCAUCUGCUCAAGGUUGGGAUAAAGCAAAAGGACCGUUCCCUGAAGAAGUACAAUACGACGCAGGCGUCGCAGCAGGUCCUGGCUAUGGCGCGAGCAAAUAUGUUUCGGAAAGGGUUCUCGUCAACAGCAAGUUACCGGCAUCUUCAUUCAGAAUUGGACAAAUAUCAGGAGGACCCCCGCGAGGAGCUUGGUCCACGACAAACUGGCUACCGAUCAUCGUCGAAUCAAGUGUAAGCCUAGGCGCGCUUCCGGAGGCUAAAGGAUUUGUGUCUUGGAUCCCUCCCCAUGCCAUAUCAAAUGCUAUUCUUGAUGUCGCUUUCGCGGAUGAAGAACCUCCCAUCGCGGUGAAUCUGGUACAUCCGAGACCGGUCGCUUGGAGGACGUUGAUACAGCCCGUGGCGGACGCCCUGGUUGAGCGUAAAGUAACAAGUUACCCGCUACUUCUUGUGUCGUUCUCGGAGUGGCUCGAGAAGCUCGAAUCGAGUGCCAAGGACUUGAGCGAAGAAACCAUGAAACGCAUCCCUGCUACCAAGCUUCUCAACUUCAUGCGUUUGAUGGCUCGAUCAGACAUUGCAAUCAGGGCGUCUGGAGAGAUGGAUUCCGAAGCGGGUGGCGUGGCUUCAUUCGCCACUGCUGUAGCCGAGCGUGUCAGUCCAACAAUGAAGGAGCUGAAGUCGCUGUCUUCAGCAGACGCGGCACAGUGGGUGGAUUAUUGGGUGGCAAUGGGGAUGUUUCAAUGA